AUUNACUUAACACUAUCAGAUAUUAUGCUUAUUAUGUGCAUUCCAGCUGAUGUUUACUUGGAAGUCGGGAAUUUCCCGUACAACAUAUUAUUUUGCAAAGUUCAACGCCCUCUGUCCACGCUGGUCUAUUUUGUCAGCAUCUUCACUAUUACAGCAAUGGCUCUUGAGCGGCAUCAAGUUAUAACUAAACCUUUUCAGCCGAAGAUGGAGCGACAACGCGCGUUUCUUGUAGUUGGAGGAAUCUGGGUACUAGCUUUGUUUUUUAUAGUUCCAUUACCUAUAGUAACAUCAGCUGGCGCCAACGAAUGCGAGGAAGAGUGGCCUAGCAUUUACAAAAACCUGUAUACGGCUAUUCUUGCAGUUUUUCAAUAUUUGCUGCCUUUAGCAAUCAUCACUGCAGCGUAUAUAUCUAUUGUUAUUUAUCUUUGGAACGAGGGAGCCUCACAACAAGCGCUUAACAUCCAGGGCGAUAUCGCCUUGAGGGCGGCAAGGAAAGAUAAUAUACAGGUCUUAAAAGCAGUUAUCAUUGUUGUCAUCUUCUUUGCAGUGUGCAUGCUCCCAAGUCAGCUCGCGUGGUUGUUGUGGGAGUUUGGUAAAGCAAAACACAAGGAUACUGCAAAACAUUUAUUGAAAUUUGCUCCUGUAACAAGCUAUCUUCAUAGCUGUGCAAACCCCUUAAUAUACGGAACUUUCAUAGCUUUUUUCCGUAAAGAAUUUAUACUACGGCUAACGAAAUGUUUUUCAUGCUGUUAUGGAUUUAUCUAUGUUUUGAGAAGAGGGACAAUCCAUCUCUACCAGGUCUCCUCGUCCCACAGAGAAGCGCGCCAGCAACAUGAUAACGGAAAGGCCAAUAAUGACAUCAUUAGUGCAAACAGUGAGACACGAAGGGGACGUGACGGGUCUUCGAUUGUGACGCGCAAGGAGAUCUUGGAUGCUAAAAUUGGAACGCAAAGAAAUUUUGGAUUUAUCAAAGAAGAAUGCGAGGAAAACGAAUCAGAGACUCACCUCUAACACAAUAGGGAGUUUACGAAGCCACGACGCCGACG